AUGGGUUGGCUAUGGGGCUCCAAGGACGAUGAAUCAUCGAAAAGGGAUCCUUUCAAGGAUCUCGACCCGAGCUUGCAGGACUUCCUUAUCAAAGAGUCACCCGUGAAAUACCAACCCACCGCGCCACCUCCUCGCACAGUGCAAGAGACAGAGCCCCAACAUGAAAGUCCAAGUGAACAGCCUAAAGUGCCCCCACAGUCGUUGUUCCAAGAUGGUCGAUAUGCCCAUCUUUGGAAGAACUAUCGCCCCUUGUGGGAGAUCAACAACGAGAAUAAAUCCGAUCAAGAAAAGCUCGCAGACGUAUUGGAUGGUUAUAAAGACCGCAAAGCGCAGAUCGGGAAAGCAGCGCUCGAGAAUUGUUGUGUAGAACAUGCUACUGUAGUGGAUUGCUAUGAGAAUGGCACCUAUAUGGAGAAGAUGAACAUGUGCAGAGCUAAGAAGAAGCCUUUUGAGAGAUGUUACAUGAUGCAAACGCGAUUCUUAAAAGCGCUAGGAUAUCUUGCCUCGUUUGAGCGAGAGGCGUGGGUCGAUGAGGAUAUUCAAAUGCAUGCAGACAUGCUGUAUCAUCGCAUGCUAGAUCAGGAGAAAGCAAUUGAGGAGGCACAAAAGGCGGGCAAACCGAUACCAGAGUUCGACAGUCUGGAACCUGCAAGCCAGGCUCUCAAAGGACAAAUGCAACCUCCAGGGCCAGUCACGGGCGCGAUAUUAGAAAUAGACGGACUUCCACAACUAUCUCAAGAUACGAAAGAGCUCCUUACACCUGAGGCUCAGCUGGCAUUGCGGCGGAAAUUGAAAGGUGUCAACCCAAUCGAACGAGAGGUGCUGGAGAAAAGCACUGUCUCUGAUAUGAUGAGUGCACUUCAAACAGGCGAUGACUUCCUUGAGAUAAGAUCGCGAAUGACAGUUGCAAGGAGAAAGAGAAGAGCUGAAGGGAAGGGAUCAAUGUCUGACACCAUCAGUGGAUGGCUCGGUUGGUGA